AUGGCUUGCAGCACACCUUCACAUCCGGAGCCACUCUAUCGCUUUGCAAAUGCUUCACGGCUGCUAUACGCCCCAUCUACAUCACCUGAACCCGUUAUGACGCAUGCGCAAUCACCAAGCUGGUUUGUUAUCAGAUCGAAAGCAACCGCAGACAUCGGCUAUGACGCCCUCGUUCCUACAGUCAUCUUCACCGCCCUCGCUUUAGUAAUGGUCAUUCUGCGGUUAUGCAGCCGAACUUGUUCGAAUCCAAGUAGAAUCGGAUUAGAGGACUACUUCAUCACAGCUGCUCUGGUUAGCAUCGACAUUGCAGAUCUUGGAGAAGACGCCACAUACCCCGCAUUGCUACCUGCUAUGCUCAAACUCGUGUUGGCUCAAGCCAUUCUCUAUCAUCUAGCGAGCAAUCUUGUCAAAGCGUCCCUCAUACUACAAUACAUUCGCCUCUUUUCGCUUGUCCCACACGUUUUGUGGAGUUGCUACAUUCUUCUCAUCCUUGUAUUCAGCGCUACAGCCUGGGGCGCGUUGGGUAACAUUUUCCUUUGCCGCCCAAUUAGAAGUUACUGGGAUGUCACAAUAUCUGGAGUCUGCAUGAACAAGGAGCGGCACUUUUGGUCAACCAGCAUCAUUGGUAUUGUAGUCGAUGUCGCAGUUUGGACGUUGCCUCUUCCAGUCGUCGGCCGACUAAGUCUUCCGAAGCGGCAAAAGACUGGUCUAUUGGUCGUAUUUGGAUUGGGCGGAUUUGUGUGCAUCAUAACAAUUCUACGCCUUGCUCUUGUCCGCUAUGCCAUGGUCAAUGGGCAAGUUACAAGGUGCGGCACUUUUGCAAUCGUCUUCUCGUCCAUCGAGAUCAAUGUUGCAAUCAUCUGUGCAUCGCUGCUCGUGAUGAAACCUUUGCUUGCACGCUUUAUACCAUGUAUCAUUUCCGAGCAGCCCCUGUCUGCGGCAGAGGAUGGGCGGGCUUCGAGGGCUUUAACAAGCACACACAUGCUGCGAACCAGUAUUGCGGACGCAACAGAGAAAAGGGAGUGUCGCGAGCGGAACGACACCUUGGUUGAGAUGAAUGGGUCUUCAGAAUAA